UAUUACUUGGAUGUAAAAAUAGGUGUGUACCGCACCAUUUCAGGAGCAGCGGAUCCAGGGCCCCGUUUUACUAACGGACUUACGUAAGCGUAACUCCAAUAUUUCCCAUUUUAUUAGCAUUCGAAGUGGGUUUAUCCAAGGAGAACACUAUACUCCUUACAGACAAAGCCUGCCCAUCCUAAGAUCGUUCAAAAGGGAGGGUAGUUACAAGUCAUCAUAGAACCAUGGAAGACAACUGUUUUCGUUAUAUCUCCUAUCGGGAUUUGGAAGAAAAAACAUACAAGAGUGUAUGUGUUGGACUUGCCACAUUGACAAUUGGACAGUUAUUCAUUUUGCUCGCUUUGAUUGCAUCGUGGAGAAUUCAUCAGGAGCCGCCGCCAUUGAUGAGCAGCACGUACUGUGUGCCAUGUAAUGAUAUCAACCAAGCCUAUCCUUACACUGACACAGAAAACAUCAUUGAUGCAUGGAGACAAAUAAAUAACGAAUCAGUAUGCUGUGGUCCCAUUCAAAACGUGAUGGAGCUUCGCACUCAAAACGAGAUGACAAAGCAAUUCUUUGCAAACAGACCAUCAAACUUGAGUCUUCUUGGCGGAGAAUCAUUUAUCACUGACUGUGAGUGGAAGGGAAUCGAAACGCCGACAGCUAGGUUGGCUGGAGUGGUAGAUAGCGUGCCAAGUGACAUAGUCCACGGUCAUUCAAAACUUCGAUGGAACAAAAACAGCAGCCCAUUUACUGCAAAAAGCUUCAUUCAUCUCGAACUUGAGGGGGAAAUCUUCAUUAGGAGACCAGGCUACUACAUAGUGUCUUCAACGCUGAAUGUAAAUACAACAGGAACGAUAAAUACAAGAGAAUUCAGUCACAGCCUAAGUCAACUGUCCCACAAAUAUGGAACCAAAGGUGUUCUCAUGCUACGCAAAAGGUCCAUCGAAGAAUCCGACGGCAGUGUUUUUACAAGUUUUAUGUCCUCGGUUUUUAAGUUGUAUGAGCAUGACAGAAUAUCUGUAUCUGUCAGCAAUCCAAACGUUUUAGCUUGUAACCAGUCAAACGACCAUUUCACUGCAUACUACACUUAUGACAUCGCCUAAAUUCCGAGUAUUGACUCGAUUAGCAAUUCUUUUUUGGUAUAUUUAGUUUUAUAACUAGUUUUGUUUAUGCAGUGUGAGCCUUAAAGUGACACUUUUAUUCAAAAUCAAUACAUACACAUGUAUAACAAACAUAAAUUUUGACUGAUAAACCUUUAACUACUUACGAAAUAAUGCACUUAUGGAAAAUAUUAAUUACCGAUAACAAGAUUGUAACCGUGUAUGUAAUAGCAGAAAGCGCAAAAAUAUUAAAUGAUUGGUGAAUGCUAAAAGAUUUACUGUUAUUA